UAUCCGGAAUAUUUUGAGAGAAGUGCAGUUUUGCUUCGUGCACAUCGGGAAAAACUGGUGAAGGAUUCCUAUCCGGAAUAUUUUGAGAGAAGUGCAGUUUUGCUUCGUAGCACAUCGAGAAAAACUGGUGAAGGAUUUCAGCGUCGGACAUUUCAACAAGCGGUGAUAUGGAUUCGUCAGACCAAAUGGAAAUUAAAUUCUAUCAGAUGGUCAGUGAGCUGAGGAGCAAUUUCAAUGCGGGCGUCAUGGCACCUGUCAGUUUCCGAAAGGAUCAACUCAGAAACAUGAGAGCCAUGAUGCUGCAGGAAGCCGAUCGUUUGGCCGCUGCAACAAAGGCUGACCUUGGCAAACCUUAUCAAGAAUUUUACAUGUCAGAAAUCGUCCUGACCGUCAGCGAAAUCGAUUCGAUGUUAGAGAACCUGAACUCGUAUGUGGCCAACGAGGCACGCGCUCGUAGUUUGGCUACGAUGAACGACACCCUGGAAAUCCAGCAGUCUCCCCUAGGUGUCGUUCUUAUAAUCGGUGCAUGGAAUUACCCAGUCAGUCUCAUGAUGCUACCGGCUUUGGGGGCAAUCGCUGCUGGGAACUGUAUCGUGUUCAAGCCUUCGGAAGUCGCUUCACAUACCGAGACUGUGUUGACGAACGCGAUUGAAAAAUAUUUGGAUAAGGUGAAGAUUAUCCCCAUUCCUAUCAUUGAAGCUUAUUAUGUGUCAUUUGUUAUCCACAGUCCCUGCUACUUGGACAACACAGUGAACAUGAAAAUAGCCGCAAAACGUAUAAUGUCCGGAAAACUUUUGAACGCUGGACAAACUUGCAUCGCUCCGGAUUAUUUGAUGUGCACGCCUGCUGUGAGAGAUGCAUUUAUUCGGGAAGCGACGGAAGUUUUGAAGACUUGGUUUCCGGAAGGACCGAAAGACACUGAUGACUAUUGUCGCAUAAUCAAUGACGUGCGAUUUCAGUUAAGUUUUCUUCAAGCCUUGAAAUUGAAACAAUUGAUUGAGUCGAGUGGGAAAAUACAAAUUGGAGGCCAUUUCGAUGCCGCUUCCAAGUACGUUUCUCCAACAAUCCUGGUGGACGUGAAACUGUCCGAUCCCAUCAUGCAGGAAGAAAUUUUCGGCCCUGUUCUGCCAAUCAUUGUGGUUCAAAACCACGAAGAGGCAAUUUCUAUUAUCAAUCAAAGGGAUCAUCCCUUGACAACUUACGUGUUCUCGACGGACAAUAAAGUGAUUGACCAAUUUGCGACGAAAACGUCCAGUGGGAGCUUCGUCGUGAACGAAACUGUUUUUCAUUUUGCAGGCAAGUUUCAUCUGGUUUAUUUCUCGAGAUUAAAUUUUAAUUUGGUUUUUUUAAACAUGUCAGUCGAAUCCUUGCCAUUUGGAGGUGUCGGGAUGAGUGGCCUUGGAAAGUACCACGGAAAAGCUUCAUUCGACGCUUUUGUGAAUAAGCGAGCUGUAAUGAAGAAAACUUUCAACCCACUGAUUGAAACUGCUGGCGGGUGA